AUGUCGACAUACGAGAGGAUAAGAGCCCUGUUUACCACACGAUAUAUAUUUAAGUGUAUCAUUACCCCUGUUGGAAUUCUUGGUAAUUCAUUGACGAUUAUCAUUCUUGCCCGAGGUAGAUGCGGGCUCACUAAAUGUAUCACCAGCUAUCUCAUCGCAAUGGCAGCAGCAGAUCUAUUGGCCAUCUUCUCCAGCAUGAUAAUGUCAUUCAUCUUUGAUGCACUGUACACCUACAUGCACCACACUAUUCCGUGUACUCUUCGGGAAGUGAUGAUAUAUCAGUUCAAACUCAAAUAUUCCAAUGUCAAAACUGCAAGGCUGGUGAUAGGGACCGUGUAUACAUUGAGUUUAGUGACUAACAUCCCAUAUUACUUCUCCUUUGAAUCCUAUGAAUUAAACAUGCCUGUUGGUUGUAUGCAAAGUGCAGAGAGUUACUCUGUUCCUGGGUGGCUGGUGUUCUUCUGGUUCCACAGCAUUUCAACCCCACUGCUGGCUUUCUGCCUGAUUUUGGUGCUAAAUGUUCUCACCAUCAGGCAUGUUUUAAUGUCGAGUAAAGCCCGGAGGAAGCUCCGUGGUCAAGGCGAGGCUGAGAAACAGGAAGAUCCGGAGAUGGAGAGUCGGAGGAAAUCAAUGAAUCUACUUUUCUGUCUGUCGGCAAACUUCCUCCUUUUGUGGCUGACUGAACUGGUUGUGAUGAUGUAUUUCAAAAUCAACUCAAAUAUUGUGACAAAUUGGGGCGACCCAGUAAAUGUGGCUUUGAAUGCAGGGGACAUGUUAAAACUUCUCAGUUCCUGCACAAACACAUUUAUCUAUGCUGUGACUCAAAGUAAGAUCCGAGAGGAACUGAACAAAGGUGCCAGAUGUCCCAUAAAAUUCUUCCUGAAGAUGUUUAAGUGA